AUGUCAAAAUCUGGGACCAACAAGUUUUCAACGGAAGAAAUGUCAAAAUCUGGGACCAACAAGUUUUCAACGGAAGAAAUGUCAAAAUCUGGGACCAACAAGUUUUCAACGGAAGAAAUGUCAAAAUCUGGGACCAACAAGUUUUCAACGGAAGAAAUGUCAAAAUCUGGGACCAACAAGUUUUCAACGGAAGAAAUGUCAAAAUCUGGGACCAACAAGUUUUCAACGGAAGAAAUGUCAAAAUCUGGGACCAACAAGUUUUCAACGGAAGAAAUGUCAAAAUCUGGGAAAAAAGUCAAAAAUGUUUUUCCAAAUGUUCUGGAUGUCAAAAUCUGGGCAAAUGUGAAAACAUUUUUCCAAAUGUUUUGGCGACAUUUACACUGCCGUGAAGAUGAAGUCUUAGAUGUUGUCUUAGAUGUUGUCUCAGAUGUUGUCAAGUCGAGUUUAACUUUAACAGUGCCAUUGGAAGGGUUUCAUUCUAACAUCAAGAUGAGCAGACAGCAAGAUGUACACAUCAAGAUGAGCAGUCAGCAAGAUGUGCACAUCAAGAUGAGCAGACAGCAAGAUGUGCAUAUCAAGAUGAGCAGACAGCAAGAUGUGCACAUCAAGAUGAGCAGACAGCAAGAUGUGCACAUCAAGAUGAGCAGACAUGACAUCAGUAACAGUGACAUCAGUGACAGUGACAUCAGUGACAGUGACAUCAGUGACAGUGACAUCAGUGACAGUGACAUCAGUAACAGUGACAUCAGUGACAGUGACAUCAGUGACAGUGACAUCAGUGACAGUGACAUCAGUGACAGUGACAUCAGUGACAGUGACAUCAGUGACAGUGACAUCAGUGACAGUGACAUCAGUGACAGUGACAUCAGUAACAGUGACAUCAGUGACAGUGACAUCAGUGACAGUGACAUCAGUGACAGUGACAUCAUUGACAUCAGUGACAGUGACAUCAGUGACAGUGACAUCAUUGACAUCAGUGACAGUGACAUCAGUGACAGUGACAUCAGUGACAGUGACAUCAGUGACAGUGACAUCAGUGACAGUGACAUCAUUGACAUCAGUGACAGUGACAUCAGUGACAGUGACAUCAUUGACAUCAGUGACAGUGACAUCAGUGACAGUGACAUCAGUAACAGUGACAUCAUUGACAGUGAUAUCAUUGACAUCAGUGACAGUGACAUCAGUGACAGUGACAUCAGUAACAGUGACAUCAUUGACAGUGACAUCAUUGACAUCAGUGACAGUGACAUCAGUGACAGUGACAUCAGUGACAGCAACAUCAGUGACAGUGACAUCAUUGACAUCAGUGACAGCAACAUCAGUGACAGUGACAUCAGUAACAGUGACAUCAGUGACAGUGACAUCAGUGACAGCAACAUCAGUGACAGUGACAUCAUUGACAUCAGUGACAGUGACAUCAGUGACAGCAACAUCAGUAACAGUGACAUCAUUGACAUCAGUGACAGUGACAUCAGUGACAGUGACAUCAGUGACAGUGACAUCAGUGACAGCAACAUCAGUGACAGUGACAUCAGUGACAGCGACAUCAGUGACAGUGACAUCAGUGACAGUGACAUCAGUGACAGUGACAUCAGUGACAGUGACAUCAGUGACAGUGACAUCAGUGACAGUGACAUCAGUGACAGUGACAUCAGUGACAGUGACAUCAGUGACAUCAGUGACAGUGACAUCAUUGACAGCAACACCAGUGACAGCAACAUUAGUAAUCUGUGA